UAUCCUGCUUUUUACAGGCAGGUUAGAUUUAUAGAGUCAAAGCGCAGUCAGUUUAUAUACGUGAUAUACGUGACUGAUGAAGUUAAAUUUACCACAGAAGAUUAAAGAGAUUAUGGAAUGAUAUUUAAUACAGAGAGACACACAUACUGCUAAAUUAAGCUAAGAAAAGCUAAGCUAGUUAACAGUAGAGGGGUUUAUCUUAUUGCUUAUGAUAAAACAAUGAGCUCCUGGAAGACCACUGUUAUUGUCAGCACCUCGCUUCAGAAUCAUGAAGCUUUAUGGAUGAUCUUGUCACAGCAGCACAGACUUCGAUUUUCAGACAGUGUUGAACAUGGAGCAUUGGUGUUUCCUCUCUCAGGAACAGCAUUCAUGCUCAUCACUCCAGAGGAGUUCCCAGAGAAGUCAGAGAGCUCAAAGUUCUUUAAUCGGAUUGAAAAGUUCGUACAGGUCCAUAGAAACAGCUUCCUCUUGCUUCAGUCCCCAGUAUACGGUGCAAGGGAAUGGGAGAUUGUGUCCACGGUGCAGAAGAGAUUCUUUGGCAGCAAUCUGAAGGUUUUACCCCUCCACAGUAAUGUUGACAUUGUGAAGGCAUUACUAACCAUUGCUAAAGCCACCAGCAAGCCUUUAGUGGACAGCAUACGAGAGCGCAUGGCUUUAGCUCGAGCUCAGAUCAUCGAACGAAGCCCAGUGUGGGAGGUACUGGGUCACAUGCAGCUACAAUAAGAAUGUUUAUUUUGUAUAAUAUAAAGCCACUUAUAUUUUUAUGACAGUUUGAUGUUGGCUUAAUAUUUUAUUAAGUUUAUACAGUAGAAUUGUUCAGUACAAGUAACAAAGAUGUACUAAUUAAUAUCUACAGCAUAUAUUGCUAUAUGUUAUAUGUAUAAGUAUUCACAGUUUGCAGUUUCUUGAUACAGUGCAUACAGUAAGUGUCAUGUAAAAACAUAUUUACUUACUUAAUAUAAAUGCAAAUGUAUGCAAAAGUGUUAGUACAAGAUUACUAAAUAAGAAAAAUGCCUUUCA